CUGUGACCAAGGGUCAUGUGGGCGCCCAUCAGAAAGCCCGAAGAUAGAAACAGCCUAUAGCCGACCAAACCAGGCGUGUGUGGCCACAGCCUCAGCACCAUGGAGGCCCCAUAUUCCAUGACAGCACACUACGAUGAGUUUCAGGAAGUCAAGUAUGUAAGCCGUUGUGGUACCGGGGGCGCCCGAGGGACCUCGCUGCCUCCAGGCUUCCCGAGGGGCGCAGGGCGCAGCGCUAGCGGGGCCCGGGCCGGGCUGCAGCGAUGGAACCGACGCGAGGUGUGCCUGCUGUCGGGGCUGGUGUUCGCCGCCGGCCUCUGUGCCAUCCUGGCGGCCAUGCUGGCACUCAAGUACCUGGGCCCGGGAGCGGCGGGAGGUGGUGGAGCCUGUCCCGAGGGCUGCCCGGAGCGCAAGGCCUUUGCGCGCGCCGCCCGCUUCCUGUCUGCCAACCUGGACGCCAGCAUCGACCCGUGCCAGGACUUCUACUCGUUUGCGUGCGGGGGCUGGCUGCGGCGCCACGCCAUCCCCGACGACAAGCUCACCUACGGCACGAUCGCUGCCAUCGGCGAGCAGAACGAGGAGCGUCUGCGGCGCCUGCUGGCGAGACCCGCGGGAGGCCCCGGCGGCGCUGCGCAGCGCAAGGUGCGCGCCUUCUUCCGCUCGUGCCUCGACAUGCGCGAGAUCGAGAGGCUCGGACCGCGGCCCAUGCUCGAGGUCAUCGAGGACUGCGGCGGCUGGGACCUGGGCGGCACGGCCGAUCGCCCGGGGGCGGCUCGCUGGGACCUCAACCGACUGUUGUACAAGGCGCAAGGCGUGUACAGCGCGGCCGCGCUCUUCUCGCUCACAGUCAGCCUGGACGACAGGAACUCCUCACGCUACGUCAUCCGAAUUGACCAGGAUGGGCUCACACUGCCAGAAAGAACCCUGUACCUAGCUCAAGAUGAGGAGAGUGAAAAGAUCCUGGCAGCUUACAGGGUGUUCAUGGAACGACUUCUCAGACUAUUGGGGGCAGAUGCUGUGGAGCAGAAGGCUCAAGAGAUCCUUCAACUGGAACAGAGGCUGGCCAAUAUCUCCGUGUCGGAAUAUGAUGAUCUCCGUCGAGAUGUCAGCUCCAUGUACAACAAAGUGACUCUGGGCCAGCUACAGAAGAUCACACCCCAUUUGCAGUGGAAGUGGCUGCUGGACCAGAUCUUCCAGGAGGACUUCUCUGAGGAUGAGGAGGUGGUGCUGCUGGCCACAGACUACAUGCAGCAGGUGUCCCAGCUCAUCCGCUCCACACCCCGCAGGAUCCUACACAACUACCUCGUGUGGCGUGUGGUGGUGGUUCUGAGUGAGCACCUGUCCCCACCAUUCCGCGAGGCACUGCACGAGCUGGCCAGAGAGAUGGAGGGCAGUGACAAGCCCCAGGAGUUGGCCCGAGUCUGCCUGGGCCAGGCCAACCGCCACUUUGGCAUGGCUCUCGGUGCCCUCUUUGUACAUGAGCACUUCUCAGCUGCCAGUAAAGCCAAGGUGCAGCAGCUGGUGGAAGAUAUCAAGUACAUCCUGGGCCAGCGCCUGGAGGAGCUGGACUGGAUGGACGCCCAGACCAAGGCAGCCGCUCGGGCCAAGCUCCAGUAUAUGAUGGUCAUGGUCGGCUACCCGGACUUCCUGCUGAAACCUGAGGCCGUAGAUAAAGAAUAUGAGUUUGAGGUCCACGAGAAGACCUACUUCAAGAACAUCCUGAACAGCAUCCGCUUCAGCAUCCAGCUGUCCGUCAAGAAGAUUCGACAGGAGGUGGACAAAUCCACGUGGCUGCUCCCUCCACAGGCACUCAAUGCCUACUAUCUACCCAACAAGAAUCAGAUGGUUUUCCCAGCUGGCAUCCUGCAGCCCACCCUGUAUGACCCCGACUUCCCACAGUCUCUGAACUACGGGGGCAUUGGCACCAUCAUUGGACAUGAACUGACCCAUGGUUACGAUGACUGGGGGGGCCAGUAUGACCGCUCAGGAAACCUGUUGCACUGGUGGACAGAGGCUUCCUACAGCCGCUUUCUGCGCAAGGCCGAGUGCAUUGUUCGUCUCUAUGACAACUUUACCGUCUACAACCAGCGGGUGAAUGGGAAGCACACACUUGGUGAGAACAUCGCAGACAUGGGAGGCCUGAAGCUGGCCUACUAUGCCUAUCAGAAGUGGGUUCGGGAGCACGGCCCUGAGCAUCCGCUGCACCGGCUCAAGUACACACACAACCAGCUUUUCUUCAUUGCCUUUGCCCAGAACUGGUGCAUCAAGCGGCGGUCGCAGUCCAUCUACCUGCAGGUGCUGACAGACAAGCACGCACCUGAGCACUACCGGGUCCUGGGCAGUGUGUCCCAGUUUGAGGAGUUCGGCCGGGCCUUCCACUGUCCCAAGGACUCUCCCAUGAACCCUGUCCACAAAUGCUCUGUGUGGUGAGCCUGGCUGUCUGCCUGUCUUCCUGCACGCCCCCACUGCCCUGCACGGAUGACUUCCAACGGCUGCUGGGGCAGCACGAGCCCCAUGCUGCCCCGCUCCAGGUCUACCUGCCUUCCAACCUCUAUGUGACUGUCUUCCCAUACCCUGCAGGCCUUUGCUUCAGCCAGGGCCUGGAGUUAGGGGUAAGGCUAGGUUCUGGGGGGCACUCGAGGAGAUAGGAGGUCCCCAAACUUGGCUGUAGGCAGCUGGACCCCAGCUGGGGCUGGACUGUACAGGUCCCACUGCUGUGUUCUUGCUGAUAAGUCUGGUCAAUAAAGCUGCUGUGCUAUCUAU